AUGGAAGAAGAAACCUAUUUAAAGGGAAGAUUAGCCUUGGAUGAUCGCGCUGUAAAAAUGCUUGAAAAAAAGAUCAUUUACUUUUUGAAAUCUCUAUAUAAUGAACCUGUCGAUUCUGCACAACAUCAGUUUGAAAAUCUGCUGAUUCAGUUACUCAAUUAUCAAACCCAUCUUCAACGUCAUCCACCUAUUCAAGUCGCCAACGACAGAGAUAUCGCCGAGUACCAAAACAUUAUAGAAAAGACCGUCUCUAUUCAAGCAGGAGCAGCAGUAGAUAUCGUUUCGUUAAAAGAUGAUUUAAAAAAAGCUCAGAAAGUCAGAGAUCACAAGUUGGAAUACGAUCGUGUUGCCAGAGAUAUUAUGAAACUAAGCACCAGAGAUACCUAUAAAGAGUCGAUUCAAAGCCUUUCCAGCGAUAUCGAGUUAUUAAAACGAGAAAAGAUCAGUAAAAUAGCUGCCUUUGAGAGUCGUCAUGACAACUUGACAUCACUUGUGAAUAAUCUUAAAGAUUUACAGCAGUCUGUUGAAGAAGAACGUAAUAUUAAGAAUGAGGACAAGGAGAGAUUAAUGGACAUGGAAAGAGGAUAUGUAUCCUCCGAUGAUGAAGGGGAUAUGGGAUUUUCAGAUGACGAACCAGUGGAAGAAGAAAAGAUACUACCUGCGGUCAAUCAUCGGUUCCAGGAACGUAAUGAUGAAGAAGAUGAAGAGGAAGGGAUUGUAUCGGAUGUACCUAUGGUCGAAUAA